AACGGACUGACGGGGGUAGGCGGUGCAGCUCCACUGACUGUACUGUUGGACAAGGUUACACUGUUUUUUUCUGUUUAAAGACAACAUCACAUAAUACAGACACCGAAAGAGGGACUUAAACAUGAGAAAGAGUGAGUUGCUGGCAGCAGAUGCCGUGUCCUGCUUAAAUAAGUCCCUCUGUCACCUGAAGGACAUCUGGGAGCAGAUCGGUAUCCCGGAGGACCAGAGGCUGCAGAGGACCACUGUGGUCAAGAACCACAUCAAGGGUUUACUGGAAAUGAUGAUUAAAGAAGAAGAAUCUCUUAUGCAGAGGCUUAUCAGCAGCAUCCACACAUGUCGCACAGAUAUGAAGAAACUGUGUCUGGAGCUUCAGCUUCCACUGUUUGAGGAGGAGGAGGGCAUCAGCAUCCUGCAGCAGGAGAAGAACAUCCGGACCCGGAUGGAGGCUCUGACAAAAGAGAAGACUCUGCGGAUGCAGCAGCUGAAGACUCUGAUGGACCAGGACCAGGAACUGUGUGACAUCCUGUGCUCUGACCCUUAUGGGAUCUCUGCAGAUACAGUCCCCUCUCUGCAGCAGCUGGAGGACCUCCAGCAGCACAUCAGGAACCAGAAUGAGGAGAAGAUGAGGCGACACACUGAGUUCACUGACCUCAAGAAGCAGAUCAUUGUGCACAUGCAGCAGCUGGACCACAUUGCAGAGACCAGCUUCGAAAAGGACGUGGUUUGUGAGGAUGAGAACUCGUUCUGCCUGUCCAGAGACAAUAUCACAGCACUGAAACUACUGCUCUGCCAGCUGGAGCAGCGUAAGGCAGAAAUGGAGGCAACAUGUGAGAGUCUGAGAGAGAGAGUCCAGCAGCUGUGGGAGCGGCUGCAGGUUCCCCAGGAGGAAAGGGAGCCAUUCAGUGACCACAUGGUGUCGUCCAGGAGGAGGAACCUGGAGGCGUUACAAGUGGAGGUGCAGCGUCUGGAAGAGCUCAAACUGCUCCACAUCCGAAAUGACAUCGAUGCCGUUCGUUCUGAGAUCGCCGUGUUCUGGGACAAGUGUUUCUUUAACCCUGAGCAGCGGCAGGCCUUCGCUCCUUAUUUCAGCGAGGACUUCACAGAGGAGCUCCUUUCAUUCCAUUCUGCAGAGAUCCAGCGGCUGAAGCAGCAUUACGAGCAGCACAGAGAGCUGUUUGAAGGUGUUCAGCGUUGGGAGGAGAGCUGGAGACUCUUCUUAGAUCUAGAGAAAAAAGCCACAGAUCCAAACCGUUUUAUGAAUCGAGGAGGAAAUCUGCUGAAAGAAGAAAAACAGAGGACAGAGCUGCACAAAAACCUGCCCAAGCUGGAGAAGAAACUGAGAGCCCAGAUAGAAUCAUGGGAAGCGGAGCAGGGCCAAGAGUUUCUGGUGAAUGGAGUGAAGUUCCUGCAGUAUGUGGAGGAGCAGGUGGAGCUGCACCAACUGGAGAAGGAGAACCAGAAACUGGAGCGGCAACUGAAAAAGAACAAACAGAUGGAGGAGGACAUGAUGUAUGGGACGACAGUUCGAACGCCAACCAAACGCAGGUUCAUUGGAACGCCGGGAACAUGCAAGCCACGAAAAAUGAUGAACGCCACCUCCAGUGCAACCAGCACCUCCAACAGCACCAUGCGCUCAGGGAUCGGAGGAGUCAUGUGCCGCUCACCUGUGGCCCGACCUCCGCUGUCCACCAAGGCCCCUUCGGUGCGGACCCCUACUCGUGGUAAACCUCCUCAGCUGCUGCCCCUUCCCCGGCUUCAUGGAGGAGAACUGAAGGAGAAUGAGGCUCACCUGAAGGCCACGCCCCAGGGCGGAGCCUUGGCAUGCAGAGUCAGUCCACAGAGGCACUGCAGCAUCACAUCUGUGGCCAGCACAUACUCUGAGUUUGUGCGAGAUCUGUCCGAAGCCUCUAACGCCAAGGUCCAGCACAGCGUCCUGAACUCCACCAACAUGUGAUCCACAGAUUCAAACAAACUGAUCACUGCCAUCACUCUGCCUGCUUCCAUUCCAUGUAUAUGAAGGUAUCAGUAAUAGUAAGGUUGUAAUAAUAUUUAGACUAAAAGCUUCAGUCUCUCCUGUAUCAUAAACUAAACUGACACUACGCGAUCUGUUUCUACAUGUUAUUAUUUUUAAAAUAUUAUACAACGUGGACUCAAAAGGUCAAAUUUAUUAAUGUAUGAAUAUGUAUUUUUGCACAUUUUUUACAAAAUUUAUCACAGCACAGUCACUCUUCAUCAGAUUUCUACAUAUUUAUGUUUUUGUUUUUUGACGAAAGAUGUUGAGUUAAAGGAUCAGUCUGUGGUUUUUAUUUUUUAUGUAGAAACCUGUGACUGUUGGAUGAGUAUCAGUCGUGUGUUGAACAGUUUUAAGAUGAAAAAAAAAAAAGAUCAUAAACAGAUGAUACUGUUUGUACUGUAUAUAAGUUUGUUUUGGAUAUUUGUUCAGAGAAUCGCUGACUUCUCCUUUAUUUGGUGACACUGAUACUUUGGUGGUUUGAAUGUGAAUAAAGGUGAGUUAGUAGAUUGUAUAAAAUGUGUCUGUUUCACCACCUCUGAUGAAUGUUGUGGAAAGACCUCGAGGUUAGCUCUCACCACAGUCAGAAAUGAUCUUCAUUUCCUGACUACACUGCCAGAAAAAUAAAGUAAAACACUGA